CAAGUAUGUUUGGGCUGGACCAAUUCGAGCCCCAGAUCAACAGCAGGAACGCUGGCCAGGGCGAGAGGAACUUUAACGAGACCGGACUGACCAUGAACACCCACUUUAAGGCCCCGGCUUUCCACACGGGGGGGCCCCCUGGCCCUGUGGAUCCUGCCUUGAGCGCGCUGGGCGAGCCCCCGAUCUUGGGCAUGAACAUGGAGCCCUACGGCUUCCACGCCCGCGGCCACUCGGAGUUGCACGCAGGGGGGCUGCAGGCGCAGCCUGUGCACGGCUUCUUUGGCGGCCAGCAGCCUCAUCACGGCCACCCGGGAAGUCAUCAUCCCCACCAGCAUCACCCCCACUUUGGGGGCAACUUCGGCGGCCCGGACCCGGGGGCCUCGUGUCUGCACGGGGGUCGCCUACUGGGCUACGGCGGCGCAGCCGGCGGCCUGGGCAGCCAGCCGCCUUUCGCCGAGGGUUAUGAGCACAUGGCGGAGAGCCAGGGGCCUGAGAGCUUCGGCCCCCAGCGACCGGGGAACCUCCCGGACUUCCACAGUUCGGGUGCCUCCGGCCACGCCGUGCCGGCCCCAUGCCUGCCGCUGGACCAGAGCCCUAACCGAGCCGCCUCCUUCCACGGCCUGCCCUCCUCCAGCGGCUCCGAUUCCCACAGUCUGGAGCCCCGGAGGGUGGCGAACCAAGGAGCCGUCGACUCGCUGGAAUACAAUUACCCGGGCGAGGCGCCCUCGGGACAUUUUGACAUGUUUUCGCCCUCUGACUCCGAAGGGCAGCUGCCUCAUUAUGCAGCGGGUCGCCAGGUUCCCGGGGGCGCUUUCCCGGGCGCCUCGGCCAUGCCCAGAGCUGCGGGCAUGGUGGGCUUGUCCAAAAUGCACGCCCAGCCGCCACAGCAGCAGCCGCAGCCGCAGCCUCAGCAGCAGCCGCCCCAGCAGCAGCAGCAGCAGCAACAGCAGCAUGGUGUGUUCUUUGAGAGGUUCGGUGGGGCCAGAAAGAUGCCUGUGGGUCUGGAGCCUUCAGUGGGUUCCAGGCACCCGUUAAUGCAGCCUCCCCAGCAGGCCCCGCCACCCCCUCAGCAGCAGCCCCCGCAGCAGCCGCCACAGCAGCAGCCUCCACCGCCACCCGGGCUUCUAGUCCGACAAAAUUCGUGCCCGCCUGCUCUCCCGCGGCCCCAGCAGGGCGAGGCGGGCACGCCCAACGGCGGCCUGCAGGACGGAGGUCCCAUGCUGCCCAGCCAGCACGCGCAGUUCGAAUACCCCAUCCACCGGCUGGAGAACCGGAGCAUGCACCCUUAUUCCGAGCCUGUUUUCAACAUGCAGCAUCCUCCUCCGCAGCAGGCGCCCAACCAGCGGCUGCAGCAUUUCGACGCGCCCCCCUACAUGAACGUGGCCAAGAGGCCGCGCUUCGACUUCCCGGGCAGCGCGGGAGUGGACCGCUGCGCUUCGUGGAACGGCAGCAUGCACAACGGCGCUCUGGACAACCACCUCUCCCCCUCCGCCUACCCAGGCCUACCCGGCGAGUUCACACCGCCCGUGCCAGACAGCUUCCCUUCGGGGCCGCCCCUGCAGCAUCCAGCCCCGGACCACCAGUCCCUGCAGCAGCAGCAGCAGCAGCAGCAGCAACAGCAACAGCAACAGCAGCAGCAACAGCAGCAGCAGCAGCAGCAGCGCCAAAACGCGGCCCUCAUGAUUAAGCAGAUGGCGUCGCGGAACCAGCAGCAGCGGCUGCGCCAGCCCAACCUGGCUCAGCUAGGCCACCCCGGGGACGUGGGCCAGGGCGGCCUGGUGCACGGCGGCCCGGUGGGCGGCUUGGCUCAGCCGAACUUCGAGCGGGAAGGCGGCAGCACGGGCACCGGGCGUCUGGGCACCUUCGAGCAGCAGGCGCCGCACUUGGCACAAGAGAGCGCGUGGUUCUCAGGUCCGCACCCGCCGCCCGGAGACCUGCUGCCCCGUAGGAUGGGCGGCUCGGGUCUGCCCGCUGACUGUGGCCCGCACGACCCCAGCCUGGCGCCCCCUCCUCCGCCUGGCUCAGGGGUGCUAUUCCGGGGCCCUCUGCAGGAGCCGAUGAGGAUGCCCGGAGAGGGCCACGUGCCCGCGCUGCCCUCACCGGGCCUGCAGUUCGGGGGGAGCCUGGGCGGCCUGGGUCAGCUGCAGUCCCCCGGGGCCGGCGUGGGGCUCCCCAGCGCUGCUUCCGAGCGCCGGCCCCCACCGCCGGACUUCGCUACGUCUGCGCUCGGGGGCCAGCCGGGCUUUCCGUUUGGAGCAGCGAGCCGGCAGGCCACGCCGCACAGCGGUCCAGGCGUGAACUCGCCCCCCAGCGCGGGAGGGGGCGGUGGCAGCUCCGGUGGCGGCAGUGGCGGGGGUGCCUACCCGCCGCAGCCUGAUUUCCAGCCCAGCCAGCGCACCUCGGCCAGUAAACUGGGUGCGCUCUCGCUGGGCUCCUUCAACAAGCCCAGCUCCAAGGACAACCUGUUUGGCCAGAGCUGCCUGGCUGCGCUCUCCACCGCUUGCCAGAACAUGAUCGCCAGCCUCGGGGCCCCCAACCUCAACGUGACCUUCAACAAGAAGAACCCGCCCGAGGGCAAGAGGAAACUGAGCCAGAACGAGACCGACGGCGCGGCAGUGGCCGGCAACCCGGGCUCGGAUUACUUCCCAGGAGGGACUGCUCCUGGGGCCCCAGGACCCGGAGGCCCGUCCGGGACGGGUAGCAGCGGCUCCAAAGCCUCGGGGCCGCCCAACCCGCCCGCACAGGGGGACGGCACCAGCCUCUCCCCCAACUACACCCUGGAAUCCACGUCGGGGAAUGACGGCAAGUCGGUCCCCGGGGGCGGCGGCCGGGGACGGGGUCGCAGAAAAAGGGACAGUGGUCACGUGAGCCCUGGCACCUUCUUUGACAAGUACUCGGCGGCUCCGGACAGCGGGGGCGCACCUGGGGUGAGCCCAGGGCAGCAGCAAGCGUCAGGCGCAGCCGUCGGGGGCAGCUCCGCGGGCGAGACGCGCGGGGCACCGACUCCCCACGAAAAGGCGCUCACGUCGCCGUCGUGGGGGAAAGGGGCUGAGUUGCUCCUGGGGGAUCAACCGGACCUCAUGGCGUCCCUGGACGGCGGGGCCAAGUCGGACGGUAGUUCGCCGCACGUGGGUGAGUUCGCCUCGGACGAGGUGAGCACCAGCUACGCCAAUGAGGACGAGGUGUCGUCCAGCUCUGACAACCCCCAGGCACUUGUUAAGGCGAGCAGGAGUCCCCUGGUGACGGGCUCGCCCAAACUCCCUCCCCGCGGGGUAGGCGCCGGGGAGCACGGACCGAAGGCGCCCCCGCCCGCGCUCGGCCUGGGCAUCAUGUCUAACUCUACCUCGACCCCUGACAGCUACGGCGGCGGUGGCGGCCCGGGCCAUCCGGGCACCCCGAGCCUCGAGCAGGUUCGCACCCCGACGAGCAGCAGCGGCGCCCCGCCACCCGACGAGAUCCACCCCCUGGAGAUCCUUCAGGCGCAGAUCCAGCUACAGAGGCAGCAGUUCAGCAUCUCCGAGGACCAGCCUCUGGGGCUGAAGGGUGGCAAGAAGGGUGAGUGCGCCGUCGGGGCCUCAGGGGCGCAGAAUGGCGACAGCGAGCUGGGCAGCUGCUGCUCCGAGGCGGUCAAGAGCGCCAUGAGCACCAUCGACCUGGACUCGCUGAUGGCAGAGCACAGCGCUGCCUGGUACCUGCCUGCUGACAAGGCCCUGGUGGACAGCGCAGACGACGACAAGGCGUUGGCUCCCUGGGAGAAGGCCAAACCCCAGAACCCCAACAGCAAAGAAGCCCACGACCUCCCUGCAAACAAGGCCUCAGCCACCCAGCCCGGCAGCCACUUGCAGUGCCUGUCUGUCCACUGCACAGACGACGUGGGUGACGCCAAGGCUCGGGCCUCCGUGCCUACCUGGCGGUCCUUGCAUUCUGACAUCUCCAACAGAUUUGGGACAUUCGUGGCCGCCCUAACUUGAAUGACGAGAAAGACCCCGUCCCCUGCAAGGCCCUUGCCCUCCCCGUCUCUCUCUCCUCCCUUCAACCUGACCCCACCCCUCUGUUCAUUUGAAAGGGCCACUAUUGCUGAGUGAAUGAAUUUUUUUUUUUUUUUUUUUUUUUUCCUCUAGGUUGGUACCUGCUUAGUGGCAUAUGGACCGGAAAGGGUUAAUUUAAAGGUGGGGGGGAGGAAAACCUCAAAAGUUUUUUUUAAAAAAGAAACUUGUCUGCCACGGUAUGUUACCAGUGUUAACCCUUCUGCAGUUAGCACACUUUUGCUUCAGCCCUCCCUGUAGCCACGCCCCCCCGUUUCGGUAAUCUUGGCAUACGUUUUUUUUAGAUGACCUCUUCCCUUGUUUUAUUUUCAUGCUGCUGUAUGUCCAAGUAUUGUUAUUUCAGAAGAAGACGAGAGUUACUUUCCUUUUUGUAAUUCUUUUUCUUUUUCUUUCCCCCCUCCCCUUUGAUUUUCUUUUUGCUUUGUUCACCGCUUAUGAAAGUGGAAAUCCUGGAGAAUGGUAGUUCUGGAAUAUUGCCGGGUGAAGGUCAGAUUGUCGUCACGGUGGCCGGGCGCGGUGGCUCAAGCCUGUAAUCCCAGCACUUUG